AAAUGCCUUUUUCAUCACUCAAAAGCUCGGCGGGGCUGCUGGGUGCCGGUGGUCGUGCUUGGGCUGUGUGGGCACAGGGAAGGGGCAGCUCGGGGUGGGGGAGCCCGUGUCAGUCGGUGGGAAUAGCCUGCUCCCACAGCGGCAACAUUUAUCGCAAAAGCAGGAAAUUGCUUAUUAUUAAAUAGCUGGCAAGGGAGUGGGAGCCGAUGCUGUUCCACACUGGCACAGCACUUACUUUGCUGCUUUCCCUGCCUCUCCUCAUUCCGUUCUUUCUUUUUCUUCUUCCCCCUCUUUCUCUCUCUCCCCUCUCUCUCUCUCCUCUUCUUUUUUUCAUUUUGGCUUCUAUUCAAAUGUGGGUAGGGGUGAGCGGCUCCCAACGUCACAAGCUUGCAAGAUGGCGCUGGGAGGAAGGCUGUGAGAUGAGGAACAGGCUGGUAUAAACCGAGAGGACAGGAGAGGGAGAGGAGAGGGGCAGGGGAAGCAGAGCCGCUGCUCCAGAUGCACUAAGAAGGAAGCUAUUCUGUACUGAAUCAGCAUGGGAUAGAGUGCCUAGAAGAUGUUCAGACCAAGCACAGCUAGCGCGCCUGGUUCUCCAUUCUGCAUCCGUGCAGCCACGUUCUAUUGAUGGCCUGUUGUGAUUUCAAUGGAACAUCAUGGGAUGUACCUGGCACGUCGGGCAGCACUGGAUGGAGGUGCCUUUAGCCCAAUGUACCUGGCAUGGUGGUAAAGUGAAGGUGAAAGGACGAGAAGGUGGAGAUGGAACUGCCAAAUCAUGCCAAACAACUGCUACUGCAGCUGAACCAGCAACGAGCCAAAGGUUUCCUCUGUGAUGUGAUCAUUGUGGUAGAAAAUGCCCUGUUUCGUGCCCAUAAGAACAUCCUGGCAGCCAGCAGCAUGUAUUUCAAAUCCCUUGUCCUGCAUGACAACCUGAUUAACUUAGACACGGACAUGGUGAACCCCACCGUGUUCCGUCAGAUUUUGGACUUUAUUUAUACUGGUAAGCUCUUAACGACUGACCAGCCUGGUGAACAGAACUUCAGUGCUCUCCUCACCGCAGCAAGCUACCUCCAACUGCAUGAUCUGGCAGCUCUCUGCAGAAAGAAGCUAAAGCGGAACAGCAAGUCCUUCUCCAGCAAGGCCAGUGGCCUUGGUGUUGGGAGAUCUGCCAGGAGUCAGAGACUUUCCGCUGCUUCUGUCAUUCAAGCUCGCUAUUCAGGGUCAAAUGAGGGGUUGAAGGGCUCGCAUGGGAAGGAGCUGUCAAAGGGAAAGCUCUCUGAUGAUGAGGUCUUUAUCAGCAGCUCCAAUCAAGAGAACUGUCACUCCUUAAGCAGGGGAGCCAGUAAGAAUUGUGGUGGGGGUGGUAGUGCAAAUGGGAGCACUGGUGACCAGGAACUAGGCCUCGAUUUGUCCAAAAAAAGUCCAUCACUCCCAGUUGCAGCCUCCCACGAUGACACGCAGCACAGCGAAAGCCAGCAUGGCUCUCCUCAAUCUGCCUCAGCCCCUGCAGCCAACAGUGCCUCAUCGUUUGACGAGUCUGGAGUUGGAGCCCCUCACAGCAUAGCGGACAGCAGUGACCCCAUGGAGAUGGAUCUGAGCGAGGAGUGCCACCACUCGCUGACAGAGAGCAGCCAGCGCAAGGGCCUCCGGCAUUCGUCCCGUAAGAAGGAGUGGAUCAAGAAAGAUAAUGCCUUUGACCGAAAGGACGGAGGCAAAGACAGGGAUGAAGGCGAAGGGCUGCCCAACGGGAUCUUGCUGGGGCCCUUGUCCAAGUCUGUGGAGCGGAGCCUGGCUGGGGCUUAUGGCGCAGACCUGCCCUACUCGUGUAAGGAGGAGGUAGAAAAUGGUAAGGAGAACAGUGAUGACAGCGGCCAGAGUGAGAGCGAGAGUGGUGGGCAUACCAGUGCCAACUACGUCUACCGACAGGAGGGGUUUGAGCCAGUGGCGUAUGGUGACAACCUGUAUGUCUGCAUUCCCUGUGGCAAAGGCUUCCCCAGCUCUGAGCAACUGAAUGCCCACGUGGAGACACACACCGAGGAAGACCUUUACAUCAAGGAGGAAGGCACAUAUGGUGGUAAGGAUGAAGCCGAGGAUUUGUCCAACGCCAACCAGUCCUACUCUGCAGAGUCCCGGCCGUUCAAGUGCUCUGUGUGUGAGAAGAGCUACAAGGAUCCAGCGACACUGCGACAGCAUGAGAAGACUCACUGGCUGACGCGGCCUUUCCCUUGCAACAUCUGCGGCAAGAUGUUCACACAGCGGGGCACCAUGACACGGCACAUGCGCAGCCACCUGGGGCUCAAGCCCUUUGCGUGCGAGGAAUGCGGGAUGCGCUUUACCCGGCAGUACCGACUGACAGAGCAUAUGCGUGUCCACUCAGGAGAAAAACCCUACGAAUGUCAACUGUGUGGUGGGAAAUUCACCCAGCAGCGCAAUCUGAUCAGCCACCUGCGAAUGCAUACCUCUCCCACAUAAGCCAAAGACUCCAGAAUGAGCUUCAAGCCCAUCCGCAGUGAUUUACCUUUCUGUAAGACUUGCUGCUUUAAAAAAACAAAAACAAACAAACAAACAAAAAAGGGGGCAACUCCUCAUACUCUAUUCAGUCAUGGGAGGCCUAAACAAAUGUAGCUUUAACAUUUUUUUAAAAAGUUGUUUUCCAUUA